GAAGGCCCUCCCCUGACAGACGAAGGCGUGACCACAGGCUCACCGCAUUCAAGAACACAAAGCAUGAGGGACACAAGAGGGCCUCUCCACACCUGCCUGGCAAAAGUGAAGUGGGAGGGAGGAGGUGACUCGGACAAACUAUUAUAUAGCCUUAAGAAAAGAACACAGAAGGAGAGCCCUUGUUCAGCAGAUACACCUUCCUGGAUGAAUAAGCCUGCGGUUGUUGUAAAUGGAAAUUCACAGAAUGAGGUGUUAUCAUUGGAAAUGAAAAACGAUCUGAGUGCAGCUGACCUCUUGCUCCACAAUGACAAUAAAGUGCUUCCAUAUUUGAAUGAAUCAAUAAGAAGAAUUUCAGCUUCAGCAGCUGCUCCAAGCAAGGCCAUGAGUCUGCUCUGUGCUCCUACAGCAGAGUGUUUUUCUGGGGUGUCCCAUGGUAUGCAAGCUCUAGGAAGGGACUGGCUAGGAAAACAGCGCAGGGCCACGGACAGCCACACAGGACAGUGGCCCAAAGGAGAGCCUCAGGUGUCAGGACUGCCAUGCCAUCAAAAACUGUCAGAAAUGGAGAUUUUUAAGGAUGACCCACCAAGUGAUUUUCCUGAAGGACUAGGCUCUGAGUUGGAACCAUCUUGCCUGCUCUCCAUACUGCCUGCAAUGCUGCCUGCAGGUCCUGAAGUACUUCUAAAUGAUGAGCCAAAACGUGGUUUCCUGGACUUUUUAAAGCCUAUGUUUUUCGGAAAAACAAUAGAAUACAAGAAUAUGCUUUCAAGUGUAAAAAGUACCACAAAUGGUCUGCAGAUCACGCUGGGGUUACUAGCUCUAUGAUCUUUUGAAUUAGCAAAUCUGUUAUGCCGUAGUUAAGGUACAAACAGAAUAAAAAUAGUGAGAUUAAUUUUAAAAGUUGUCUCAGAUUGCUUUUGCAUUAAGUCUGGAUACAAACCAUGCAACUCUUAAGUUCUUGCUUUGGUAUGUAUGCUCAGACAAACUUAAAAAGUCUGGUUUAAACUCAGAAAAAGCUGGUUAAUGCUGAAGGAAAUUUUUUAGCAUGUUUUACAUUGUGCUUCAAAAACAUUCAGAACUGGGAAACUGUUUCAGAGGAACAUUGAUAAUAACCUGUAUAAAUAAUCAGAUUAGAACUGAUUUAACAUGAAGCUCUCUAUUUAUCUUCAACACCCAUUAAAGGGCUACUGUCCCAAAUCCUGUGUGUCUCUUCAGCUUGACUCUGAUCACCUAAUGUUUG